AUGGUUUCUAAAUCAAUUCAACGCGAACCAUCUACCUAUCUCGUCAGUGCGGGAGACGAGCCCAAUCAAAUACUUAAGCCUAUCAAAGGUUUUGCAACCGAGCCUCUUGUCUCCUUGGAAGAAGCAUGCCAACCAUUACUUGGAAUCAUUCGUCGAUUGAAACACUAUGCGCAUGAUGCCAAGAAUCUUACUCAAGAUGAGUCAGCCGCUAUUCGUCUCUAUACUAUGCAAUGGGAUUCAAAGUUGGGUGGCCCUCAUGUUAGUCUCUAUUCACAUCUCAAUUGCAUAUUAAGACAGCCUGAUGGAAAGGUAUUAAAGCCGUGGUUUUUUUAUGCAUUUUUGGGCACUACUGGCAAGAGAUCUAUUUUCUCUAUUGAAAUAUUCGAUGGGCGAUCUGUAAAAGAUCAAUCAAACUUUACCGAAGAAGAUGAGGUGCUACUUCUUCCUGAUGACACAUCGACACAUAAAAUCGUACCUGGAGAUACAUUUAGGCUGCUUACUCAAAAAUAUGGCUAUACUCUUGACGAGAUUAUAGCUGCAAAUCAAGAUAUUGAUCUUCUCAAACUACGAGUUGACCAAUUAGUUCAGUUGCCGAGCGCUUGUAGAAAGCCUAAAACAAAGAUAACUUUGGAUGAACAUCGAUCUGAUCAGGUAUGCCACACUGUCUUUGCCGGAGACACAUGUGAGCGUAUCUCAGAAUGGUAUGGUUGCACAAUCGAAGACAUCAUGAUUGCAAACCCGGACAUUCAACCAACUUCAAUAUACCCAGGACAGAUCUUACGACUACCACGAACUUACCGCACUGCAAACAAUACCCGUGAUCGAAAACAUACACCAGAAUCAACCAUAGUCGACUUCAUUAUGGCAGACCAAGAAAAAUAUGUGAUCCUGUCUCCCUUAGUCAUAGGCGGAUUGCCAAAAUAUAUGUCUUUUGUUUUUCAUCGUUGUAUGGAACGAGCUGUUUGGACAUUUGCUGAACUCGGAAUAGCAGAUCUAAUGGCGGCUCACAAAGUGUCGUUGACAGCUACUGAACUUAGUCAAUUGAAUGGAAAUGAUUGGAACGCAGAAUUUGUUUAUCGACUACUGAGAGCAGUUGCUGACGCUGAUAUUGUUAAAGAAUUGUCUGUUAGUGAUUUGAAUUCUCAAUCUGAUAUUUGUCCAGAACGUGUGAAUCAUUUUCAGCUCACUGAUAAUGGACUAUUUUUAACAAGUAAUCAUCCAUCGAAAGCUCGAGAUCUGGUUCGUCUAGACUUGGGUCCCAUCGCCCACAGAGCAUCUGAAUAUCAACCUCGCUUAAUUCAACAUGGUACUAAAUAUGGAAAUUCGUUCGAACAAGCUUUUCAAUGUGACCUAUUCGACUAUCUAGGGAAAGAAGAAAACAAAGAAUAUUCAACUAUCUUUAACAAUGCGAUGAUUUCAUACUCAAAUGAUUGCAUCCAAUCAAUUUGCCCACCAGUCGAUUUCUCACAUUUUGAAAAACUAGUCGAUAUUGCUGGUGGUUUUGGAAGUUUAUUGGCGUUUCUACUUGAGAAACAUCCUAAAUUAAAUGGUAUCGUAUUUGAUUUAGCUCACGUGAUUAAAGAUGCACAAGAACAGCAUCCGAAUGAAUUUCAACAAAGAAACAUUGAACCGAAUCGCUAUCAAUUUGUUUCAGGUGACAUGUUUAAACCUGAAACGAUACCACAAGCAGAUUCAUACGUACUGAAAUUUAUCAUUCACGAUUGGAACGAUGAAGAUGCUGUUAUGAUAUUGAAGAAUAUACUUUCCGCAAAUAAAAGUGGUCCAUCAAGAUCGAUCACAGUUUUUAUAGUUGAAAUGGUUAUUCUGCCUAAUGAGAGACAAAAUUGGGUUGCACGAAUUAUGGAUAUUGAAAUGCUAUCUGUAUUGAAUGCUAAGGAGCGAACAACAGCUGAAUACAUGAAGCUAUUAAAAGAAAGUGGCUAUGAAUUGAAGAAACUACACAGAAUCAAUGAGUCCUAUUCAAUUAUAGAAGCAAUAGCGACUACUGUUACAUCUAAUUGA